AUGCCUAGUGAUACUGCUGAAAACUCGGCGACCUCACCAAUCCUGAAAAACUUUCCGCCUAUCACUAAUCCUAUUCUGAAAGUACUAUUCGAAGUCCUGUGCGUUGUCGCAGUCUCUCGGACGUCCAUCGAUCACUGGGCACACACAUGCGGCGAUGAAUGGAAGGAGCAUGUCAAAGUGAUGAUCAAUCGUUGCGAGCACUCAAACGUCACCGCCGGGCUGAUACUCGCAACCACUGCUUUGCUCCUGACUUCACAAUCUCCCCUAAGUAGCUUGAUGGCUUAUGACAUUUCAGCCUCCUAUGUGUUCGCCGUGAUUUCAUUUAGUGCUGCAUUGCUCAGUGUAAUAUCAGGAGCUGCGCUCGUGGUCAUCUAUGAAACUAGCACUGUCCACAAAGACAUGGAAUGCCUCAAAGACAUGACACGAGAACACGUUAUCUAUCUGCUGUUGUGGUUGGCUUACCCUUCAGUCUGUUUGUCAGUCUCCGCCUUCUUUUUGUUUGUGUCUCUUUUCAUUGCCUGCUUCUCCUCUAGAAAUAUCUUUAUCCAAGUCAUAAUGGCCUUAAGUGGUUUGGCCUUCACUCUCAACGGAAUCCUUACGAUCCACGUUUUCUGUUUUGUGCCAAUGGGCAAAUCGCUUACAAAUCCUAAGCCCGCCAAUGAUCCUGCACGCGUUGAACAAGCGUGA